UUUUUAUUAAACAAUAAUGGCAUCUAAUCCUGAGCAUAAACAUUUCAUAGAAAGACUAACAAGUCUAUCGGUAUGCUGCAUUUUGAAAAAUAUAUGUUGCAUCUAACACACAUAAUAGAAACAACGAAUUUUAGAAUCGAGAUAUACAAAGAUCUUUACCGUCUCUAUUGUUUUGACUACACUUAUAUGUAUUGUACUCGAAUCUAUUAUCGUAUCAUCCCAUGUAUCAGCAUAUAACGAACUGCUCAACACGAAUGCAAUAAGAGACAUUCCAAACACUUCGGUGGAUCCAGAAAAAAAAUAUGAGGCUGACGAUGCAGAUAUCACAAUAGCCAUUGGUCUACGAAGACUAAAAAAUGAAAAUGUCUUUUUUAUUCUUUUCUCCUUAUUUCAACUUGUGUUGGGUUUGGAUGCUAUUGUCCGGCAAAGUGUGAUACAAUUAAUGGCGCAUACAUGUAACCAAGUUCUCGCUGUUGUCUUUGCCGCAAUUCAAGUUGGGAGCACAAUCAAAAAACACUCUGAUGUAAAAGAAGAUAUUCCUCCUCCUGAAGAUCCCAAUGUCAGUUGGGACUUCAUUUUGGCCCUGAGGAAUGAGAUUGGCUUGGUUUCAAUCAUGACACUUUUAUCAUUCUUGUUCAUGUACCUAUGUUAUAAGUUAUACAAACAAUUUGGAUGGAAUAUUUAUAAGAGAAUUGGUGCUGAUAUUGAACAACAAGUGCGUUUUAGGCUUACUCAGAUUUACUUUCUCAUUCUAAAAUUAGACGCUUUCUUUCAUUUUGUGUUGUGUGUCUUUUAUGCUGUUGUUAUGACUCAAGAAAAAUACUAUACUCUUUGGGGCGUCAUUGACCGAAAAUUCAUCGGCUAUGUCAUUCAUAUCAUUUUAACCAUUUUAUUAAUUCCGGGCUUACUGUUUGCGAGAUUCGGAGUGAUCACGGAGAACAAACGAGUCAUUAUGGCUUUCUUGGUGACACAAGUGAUUAUGGGUUUGGAUUUUAUAUUGAUCAUGGUCGACAGUGCAGGCUCUUGGGUAUUUUGGAACUUGGCAGUGUGCCUUGCUAUUAUUUUGUGUAUUGCUACUUUUGUACUGUCCAUUAUGGUUCAACAUAAUUUUGGUAAAGGAUUGAAGCCUUAUUUACAACGCUUGUUUGUCGAUGAAAAUGAGAAGCAGAAUAGCCAAGCAGGAAACAACGAAGCACUUCUCAAGACACAAGAUUGGAUGAUUGAUGAUGACGAUGAAGAAGUAUAUCCUGCAGCUACUAAUGCAAAAGAUAGCAUUUAUCAUGCUUAACAUGUACCAUAUGAUUUGUUAAAUGUAAAUAUGUUUUUUUAAUUGCCAACAAGCAUUAAUUUGUUCUCUCUUGAAAAAUAAACUAAAAAAGAUGCGCUUUUAGGCUUUCAAUGUCUCGAGAAAAGAAAAAGAAUGUCAUUGUUGGCAUUCAUAAAGAUCGAGAUAUGGAUGAUUUAUAAACCUCAAUGGACAUAAUAGUCAAAGUAGAAAUAUUAUAUAGUCCAAAAGACAUGCAGCAACAAGAAAAAAAUGUUAUGAAUUAGGUGUACAAAUGCACAUUAAUGAUUGAAACGAAUGUGUCGUUAAUUUUAUUAAUUCAUGCAAAUGAAAAUGUAGCUUUUGAAUAUGUUACAAAUUACUUAUAUUCAUAAUUCCAAUUUGAUUAUUCACUUUUUUAUAAUAAAAAGAUACAUCCAGC